AUGCUUAAGUCUGCCUUUAACGCAUCACGUCUUGCUGGUGUAUCAACACGGAUGUUGUCUACAAAGGUUCCUAAAAUUUACCACUUUGAAGAUGUCAAAUCCCUUAUUCAAAAGCCUAACCCCUCUAAAAUUCUCGUCGACGUCCGAGAGCCCAACGAGGUUAAACAACAUGCUCUACCAACUGCUAUCAAUUUACCAUUGAAAACGGCGCCCGGUGCUCUCAGUUUGAAGCCAGAGGAAUUUGAGGAUGUUUUCCAUUUCAAAAAGCCUAGUACUGAUAAGGAGUUGAUCUUCUUUUGCGCUGCUGGUGUUAGGGCGAAAGCAGCCGAGGAACUGGCAAGAUCUUAUGGUUAUGAAAACACUGGUAUAUACCCAGGUUCAAUGAACGAGUGGUUGGAGAAGAGCGGUAAUAAGUCGUAG